CUCAGCCGUUUGGACUCUGCUGAUAGCAAAGUGCUCCGUCUCUCAGUCUCACUCUGUUUUCCUCACUGCUUUCUGUCGCUCUCUGCUCUGACUGAAUAAAAAGUCUUUUAAAAAAAAAAGGAUGGAUCCAGUGACGCUGAGCUUACCAGCUGCUGCUGCUGCUGCCCUGAACUGUGAGCUACUACAACACUAUCAGACUGGGACUGUAACAGAGAUGACACUUCUCUCACCUCCCACGACUUUUUCUGCUCUGGAACUAAAUAAUAAAAAAGGAUUACUGAACAGGAGCGCUCCUUGCACACUGCUUUUUCUUUUACCUCGUUUUGUUCUCGCGUCUUUUCUGCAGCAGUGCUCUGACUGUAAACAAAUAAAACAUGGCAACUGGGAAAACGGCUGGACUUUUUCGCUGGCUGAGGAUGGGGGGGGUUGCCAGUUGGAGGGAGGACUCUGUGUGUGUUGGGGGGGGUUGGAGAGCAGGUGGAGAGAGGAGGGAGGGGGGUUUAGGGUUGGGGGGGGGGGGUUAUGGUGGUGUGAGGAUUGCGGGCUGUGGUUGGGUAUGCCAGUGCCACGUGUCUAGCCUGGCACCUCUUGCUUCUCAGCUCGAAGGAUGUUGGACCGAGAAUCUGGCUGAGCCUGUCCGGCUUCUCUCUGAACCAAAAGUGGGGUCGGUCAUAAUCCCUGUCCAGAACAUGUGGGAGCCUGAGAGAACCGAAGAGGAUUAGAGACCUUCCCACUCUGCCACUCGUCCACCAAUCAGACCACUUCAUUUGACCGUGGCGAGCCAACGACACAGGGCCCUCGCCUGGACAAAUCUUUUGCCCGGCUGCUCCAAUAGCACCCAGCCAGCAGGUUUUCGCUGCUUGAAAGAGCAUGUUGCCAUCGCUCUCCCUCUGCUCCAUCAUCUGGCUCAACCGGGGGAUCAAGCUGAGGAAAGUGCACCAGUCCACCAACACUGGUCAGGUCUGAACCCGCUGCCUCCGCAGACAUAGCAGCAGCAGAACGCUACCUUAUCGACUUUUAAAAAUGCUUCUAAGCUUCGGGUGACUCCCUUCUCCUCCCCUCACCCCCGACCCCCUAAGCCACCGUACCAACACCAGAGUUUAUUGUCUCAAUAGCCUUUUUGAUUUCUGAGGAGGAUUUCUUUAUAGCCGAACCCUGUGGUUGCAGUGGGACUCGGGCUGCACCAUCUAAUCCUCUGUUUGGCAGCCAUUUUGAUUUCUGCCUCCCUAACAAAAUGGCGACGGAAGGUUUUCAGUACCUUGCUCUCUACGCAUUUACCAAGGACCAGGAAGAGGACCUGGAUCUGCAACCUGGGGACCUUCUGACAGUCAGCAGGGCCUCUCUGAUGUCGAUGGAGAACUACCAGGAGGGCUGCGUGGAGCAGCCGGAUCGCCUCGGUUGGCUCCUCGGGUACAACGAGCGCACCAAACAGAGAGGCGACUUCCCAGGGACGUACGUCGAGUACGUGGGCCCUGUGAAGAUGGCACUCCCAUCGAGUCAACCCAGGUCCCAGCGACCCCUCCCUGUGGCUCCAAGACCAGAGUCGUCUCAAGCUGUUCCUGUGCCGGACCUGAGCGAGCAGUUCACACCACCAGAGACGGCUCCUCCAGCCCUCGUCAGCCUGAUCCAAGCCAUAGAGAAGAGAGGUCUGGACUGCAAGACAUUGUACAGGACAUCUGCUUCCUCAGGUUCAGAGAGCCCAGUGUACAGCCUGAGCUCUGAGAGUGAGAUGUGUGAGAAAGAUGUGGGCUACUUGUCUGAGUGUGUCCUGAGUUACCUGAGAGACCUCCCGUCACCCGUCAUCCCUGCCAGUGUCUACGCUCACCUGCAAACUGCUGUCACACUGCAGCAGCAGGUCCUACAGUCAGCAGAUGGUGCAGUAGCUGGAAGCCAUGACAGAGAGGUAAGCCUUGUUCUGGAGAGUGCCACCUCCGUCCCUCUCCAUCACCGUCUCACCUUGCAGUACCUCCUCACACACCUGGCCAAGGUCACCCAGGCGCAGGCCAGCAAUGCCCUGGACACACACACACUGGGACAAAUCUUCGGGCCGCUACUGAUCCGGACAGACCCCUCCACCUCUUUGUUGUCCGUGGAUGAGGAGUUCCCCGGCCUUGUGGUGGAGAGGCUGCUGAUAGAGAGAACUGCAGAACAAGACCUCACUCCUCCAGUUCUUCCAGCAAAGCCAGUCAAGUCAAAAAUGCCACCAUCAGCCAUGACAGACACAAGCAGCCUGCUGAACGAUGCGGAGUGGUACUGGGGAGAAAUCUCUAGAGAGGAGGUGAACGAGAAGCUGCGAGACACUCCUGAUGGCACUUUCGUGGUCCGUGACGCCUCGAGUAAACUGGAGGGCGAGUACACACUCACCCUCAGGAAAGGGGGGAACAACAAGCUUAUAAAGAUUUACCACCGAGACGGGAGGUACGGCUUCUCUGAGCCUCUUACCUUCCUGUCUGUGGUGGAGCUCAUCAAUCACUACCGCCAUGAAUCCCUGGCCCAAUACAACGCCAAACUGGACACCAAGCUUCUGUACCCUGUCUCCAAAUACCAACAGCUGGUGAAGGAGAACAGCAUAGAGGAGGUGGGAGAGCAGCUGCAGGUCUAUCACGAGCAGUACCAGGAAAAGAGCCGCGAGUACGAUUCUCUGUACGAGGAAUACACACGCACAUCACAGGAGCUGCAGAUGAAGCGCACAGCCAUCGAGGCCUUCAAUGAGACCAUCAAGAUCUUUGAGGAGCAGUUUGAGACUCAGGAGCGCUACAGCAGAGAGUCGUUGGAGAGAUUCCAACGCGAGGGCAACGAAAAGGAGAUUCAAAAGAUCCAGAGCAACUCGGAGCGUUUGAAGUCUCGUGUGAAGGAGAUCCACGACAGCAAGCGUAAGCUGGAGCAGGACCUGAGACAGCAGGUCUCUGACAACAGAGAGAUCGACAAGAAGAUGAACAGCCUCAAGCCGGAUCUCAUGCAGCUCCGCAAAAUCAGAGACCAGUACUUAAUAUGGCUGACACAGAAAGGGACAAGACAGAAGAAGAUCAAUGAAUGGCUGGGCAUAAAGAACGAUGCUGAUGACUCCUACUCUUUGGAGGAGGAUGAGGGUUCACCCCACCAUGAUGAGUGUACCUGGUACGUGGGUGACAUCAAACGCACCCAAGCGGAGGAAAUGCUGAGAGGCAAAUGUGACGGGACCUUCCUUAUCCGUGAGAGCCAAUCACAGAAGGGCUCCUACGCCUGUUCUGUAGUUGUGGAGGGCGACACCAAGCACUGCGUCAUCUACAAGACGGCCACAGGUUUUGGAUUCGCUGAGCCCUACAAUCUGUACUCGUCCCUCAAAGACCUGGUGCUCCACUACAAAAACGUCUCCUUGGUCCAACACAAUGACCAGCUGAAUGUAAAUCUAGCCUACCCAGUCCUGGCCCGCUCUCAGAAUCAGAACCAGCACCCCAGAUGAAUUAUCCAGCAGCAGUGUAGGAUGCCAACCUGGGUGGGGGAAAACUAAAUUUUCACUCAAAUGCAUUGAGAAAAAAAACAAUCCUCUGAACAAUGCUUGUUCUUGUUUAAGUGGCAAAGAGAAAUGGACUCAACGAUUUUAAAAAUUCAUACGUUUUUUGGCUGGCGGCUGGUGCUGAUUUUCCACACCAACCCCAGUCCAGCAGAGAGCACUCCUUGCUAACAGCAUGGCUUCAAAAUAAGCACACUACUACCAGCAUGGAAGCACUGUACAGUUAGCCUGGCUGACGCAGUGAGUUUUAACUUGAGCAGAGUGUUGCAUUAGCCAGCCUUGACUGUACAGUGUCAGUUAUGAAAAAAAAGUGUGAGAAAUCCACAAGAAAAUACCUUUGAUACAGAAGAAAAAAGACUAAAUUUGUUCAAAGAAGACAAAAUAAGCACACAAAAUGUUGUUUUCAAGAUCUUGGAGAAGAGGAGAGAAACCAGAUGGUGGCAUAAUGGGAAAAGUUACAGGAGGCACUUUUUGUUUUUUUGCCUUGAACACGCGAUAACUGUCCAUAGACAAAGGCCCGAUCUGUCAUCCCCAGACUGCCUGCAAACUCUCCGUAGACAAAAGCCUGAGCUGUCAUCCACUGUAAGGACUGGCUUGGCUAAACCAGGCUGCUCGCUUCACACCUAAAGGCGGCUGAAAAAAACGUGGACCAGGGGGUGUUGUCACUGGAGCCGAGGAGGGUGUGGGAGGGAAAAGGGAGAGGAAUUGCUAGGGGAGGAGAGGGUUGAUGUUUUUAUGGGUUUUAAAAAGAUUGAUUCAUUUUAAAGCUUGCUUAAGUGCCAUAGUAAUAGCUUUGAAUGACCACAAGCCUGUGUCACUAGAACAAGAGGGCACGUCGAGGUUGAAAGAAGACAGGAGGUAAUGAACGGCUGUUGACAUAGACAAAGCUACAGCUUUAAAAAAAAAUACACACAUAUAGGUAUAUUUUUUAUGAAAUGAUCUUUAUUUCCAACUGCUUUGGCUUGUUGCUCUCUCUCAGCGGGCCUCCUUUUGAAUUGACGAGGUACAACACACAGUAAAUACUGUACUACAGGUCAUAGAAAUGCAUGGUACAUAUUUGGUAUAUUGUGAAUAUGGAGUUUUAAUCACAAUACACUAGAUGGAAAGGUACAUUGAUAAAUGCAGUUCCACAUGAUUCAGGUUUCCUUGUGAAUGGAAAUUGUGGAUAGACAUCAAACGUCUCUUUGUUUCAAACUUCUUCCUUCUUUUUUUCAUCCUCUUUGAUACUGUAGCACCUGUAGCCAUUGACUUAAGGCAUAACUGUUAGUGCUCCUCUUAUGUGUCUUGUUUCUAUAUGCUAAAGACACUUGCAGAGCAUCAAUCUAUGUGAUUAUUGUAUCUUCGGUACUGUAUUUGCCUUGUCUCUAGUUAGAUUAGACUAUUUUAGCGGUACAAUGUCCUUGCAGAUGUUUAUUGUUGUUUUUUUUUGUUUGAUGCAGAUUUUUUCUCAUGGUACUUCCUUCCCCCAUCCUCGCGCUUGACUGUUCAUUUCAUCACAAGCUUGACUCACAGAGCUGUAGAACAUUUGAUGUACAAACAAAAGAAAGCAGUAAUAUAACUCAUGUACAGUAUAUUUCAGACACACAUGCAGUCGGUGUAUGUGACUUUACACAGUUCCUUUGUGUUUUCAGAAUAUUUGCUAUGCUCUUAGAUUCUGUUUAAGGAUGCACAGUAUCCAGCUAAUGUGAGUCAAAUGAAGGAUGUCUUUUCAUGUAGCAAGAAAGAGAGAAAAAGGAAAAAAAAGAACCAGUCCUCUUGCCAUUCAGCAUGGCCUCCGUGGUCUGAGAGAUUAUCUAGUACAGUAUGCAUGAGUCCUUCAUUUGGGUUGUUGUUUUUCUUUUUUCACUUGGCACCAGUGGUUGAUAAUUGUACUUUUAGUAGUGCAAAUAUAGUAUGAUGUGUGGUAGUACUAUGCACAACAGAUGUGGAUAAAUUUUAGAUUUACAGACGGAUCAGUUCCCUCCCUCUGUUCUGUGCUAUGGCAGUGAAUUUCUCUCGCUUUUUUCCCUCACGUUCGAUCGGCUUGAGGUAAAGAUUGUACCAUCGUUGUUUCUUUCACGUCACUUUCAAAGCACAGCUCAUUUGUGUUGAGGCAGGGUUGUUCAGUUGUUGUUGUGUGGUCGAUAAAAGAGGCUCCACAAGUUGCCGCUUUAAAAUGUAAUUUACAUAGUUGAUUUCUUGAGAGUGAAUGAAUAUGAAUAAUCUCUUACAUGUAAUAGACUCAGAUUGCCAAAAAGAGAAAAAAAAGUAUUUUUGUAGAAAGGUAUAGAAGAGGCAAGCAUUGUUGGCAAUAGAAAGUUGGGGGUUGUGGGGGGGGGGGGGGGGGGGGGGUGCACUAUUUUUAAAAGGUUGCACAUUUGGCAUUUGUUUAUAUUUUUGUUGAGGAGAGAUAGAAAUCAAAGUGAGAUAUUCACCAACACUUCUGGUCAUGGAAGUCAAUUAUGUACGUUUCAUCUGAAGACUGAAUCUUCCAACAAACACAAUGUUUUUUGGGCAUCAUUUCUGUUUUUGAAAUGUUGAUUCACAAAAUUUCAGGUAGCAACAUUUUUUCCAAACAGACCAAUCACACUUUCAAAUGAAACCUUGGCCUGAAAAGUUCCGAAUCAAGACGUCAUUUUGAUUUCAGUCAGGACGAAUCAAUUGUACUGUACUUUGCACAGUUCUUGGCAAGUAGAAAAUCCCAAGAAUUAAACUAGAGGUGACGGCGGUGCUUCUCAUUAGAGGGCUAUAAAACACACAUGAGUGAGAAAGAUUAGAAGUGCCUUUAGUCAUUGUGAUGAGCUCGUCUUCUCCUCAUUGUCAUUGGAGCGUCGCUCUACAAGAUGGUGCCUCCACCACCUUAUGCUGUGCCCCGUGGUUCACACAUUUGCCAUUUAUCAAAAACUAUAUCUGGCAAAUGAGCAUAGUUGUCGUGUGACUGUUUGUUUGUUUGUUUGUGUGUGUGUGUGUGUGUGUGUGUGUUAGAGCAAAUCUGAGCAUGUUAUAGAUUUUAGUUGUGCCUCUUUGUUGUUACAUCUAUAGUUGUUACAUAUUCCUUCUUCCUAUGGUGGGGGCUGUACAGUAGCUUGGUGCUCUCUCUCACUGUGCACCAAAGCUAGAUUUCUUUGGUGUGUGUGUGUGUGUGUGUGUGUGUGUGUGUGUGUGUGUGUGUGUGUGUGUGUGUGUGUGUUUUUGUUUUUUUUAUUUGUCUGGUAUAAUUUUGAGAAAUCUCAGAUAAGAUAGAAAUGUGAACCAUACACAUCCGUGGCCCAGCCCAGUUGUUUGAAGCUCAUUUGAUAAGCUCUCACGUUAAUGCAUGCAGCAUUUCUCAGUGUUUUAUAUUAAGAGUCAGUUCCUUCUGCGAACAGGCAAUCUGGUUGAGUCAUGAUCCACCACUCCUGACACAUCCAUUAUCCAGUUUUGUUGGACCAACACUUUUGUGACUGCACUUUUUUUUUCUGUUCCACACACUCAGACCAGUGUGUCUAACGCCCACCAACCAUAAACUCACAGACAGUGGUGAAGCUCAGUUGUCAAUAGUGUUUUUAGUUGAUAGUUUUAAGGUCUUUCCACGCGGUAUAUCGGGAGUGAUCGACAGUUUUCUUUAUGAUAUCGGAGUAUACAGUGUACAGUAUAUGCUUUUGUUGUUUUUGCAGUCAACAGUUGUCAUGUAAUUCUGAUGCUUUUUGACUGAUUGCAAUGUUUUCAUUAUAGAGUUAGUUUCUACUAUAUGGACUGUAUAAAAACUCUGUAAUACUUUUCAAACCAACUUUAAGGAGAGCUGCUGGCUCAUUAUGCAAUUUGUGUCCACACAGCAAAAUUGUCCAACUUAACAGGACGAAAAAACAUUUGAUUUUUUCCUAAACGGUCAGUUCACCAAAAGGACAGACAUUUUUUACACUUAAUACUAGUGAUAUCUAAACAUGCAUAAAAUUGAGAUGUUGGCUGUGGUAGAAUAGUCGUUUUUUGCUUAGGAGGGUUCCUAACUGAGUAAAAUGAUCCAGAAGUGGAAGCCAGGAUACAAGCUGGUCAAACUCUCUUAAUGCAAGGGAAAGGUGCUUCAUUGCUUCUUUCUAUAUAUAAACUUUUUUUUUAAUUCAGCAGAGGUGGAAGCAGUAUUCAGAUACCUCACUGAAGUGAAAGUACUAACAAGUAAAAGUUGCAUUCAAAACAUACUUAAGUAAAAGUACAAAAGUGUACAUAAAGCAUCUAAAGUAAAAAUACCCAUCAUGUAUUUUAAAUUGAUCCCAUGUUUUUCAUGUUAAAUCUUGACCUUAAAAGUAGUAACUAGUAACUAAAGCUGGUAGCUAAAUGUUGUGGAGUAAAAAAUACAAUAUCUGCCUUUAAAUUUUGUGAAGUAUAAGUAUAAAGUUACAUAAAAUAAAUAAGCAAAUGUACUUGGUUACAUUCCACCACUGAAUUUCAGUUGGUAAUGAAUUAAUAUUUCUCACCAGGUUGCCCCAUUUAUUAGCCAGCUUGAAACAGCAGGGUAAGAACACACAGCCCAAAGGAUCUAAGAUAUGCUUUUAGUAGUUCGUCUACAGAACAUUGUAGUUUUAACACGGCAGACCCACGUCAAAAACAUCCGUGAUCGUAUAAUUAGGUUGAGAAUUAAUUGUCUUUUCCUAAGUCCUUAUGAAUUCACUUUUCUUGACCUCACAAUGAUUUUCAUCAAGGUCAAAGAAAAAUGGUUACGAUAAUACAUGGGACAUGAUUUUUUUUUUUUUAUUAUACGACCACAGCCAUCAGUCUAAAUUUCCUUAAAACUACUUUCUAUUGAGGAAAACUGACCCAAGUGAGGAUUGUGGAUGAUCCAGAGUAAACAACAGAAAGACAUGUUGCUGUUGAUUAUCUCAGUGACAGUUAACUAAAUGCAUGGCUAGAUAAAGCUAGGUUGUACAAUAAGUGAAAACUUUGUCUGGAUUUUGGUAACUCAACCAUUUGAUUUUUAUUACCAUCUCUGGGGCAAAAUCACGCAGUUAUCCAAAAAACAGCUCGGCUUGUUUCAAAGAAGUUCAUGAACCAGCUGGUUCUGCUUCCAUUCAAGCAAUUAUCUUGAUGUCUUUAGUUGCUUAAAGAACAAUAGAAAUGUAGAGCUGACCAGCUUUCUGCAUCACUUGUUAAGAUGAACAUUUUUGCAGUGCAGGUAAACACUUUCAUCUGCCAUAAACGCCAUGUUAAUCACAGAUGUUUAAUAGCUAGAAGCAAUGCAACUUUAGUAGCAAUGAAACCUGGUCAGGCAGUGAGACGGGCAGAAGAUGAAGACUUUAUUGCGCUUUGACUUCGAGUCGAAACUUUAAGCCAACUUUUGGUAGAUGUUACUCUGAAACUCAAAGCUUUCAUCCUGCUCAACUCGUAGAUAUGCAUUUGUGUCGGAGCUUCUUGAAAAACAUUUUUCUACACGACAAAUGAUCAUUCAAGGAAUUAAAUAUUUUUUCAUCGGCUUUGGUACACUGUAAAUGAUAUUUCUUGAAAUGGCCUCACACACAAAGCACAUCUUUCACUGACUACAAAGAAACACAUAUAUUUGGUGUCUAUUAAGGUUUGAAGAAUGAGAGACAUACUAGAGAAUAAAUAUUUUGAAAUAUAUACUUAGAUAUCUAUAUUUUUGGAUGAUGUUAAUUCUGAUUUGGGUUGUGCUUGAAACAAAUCAGAGAGAGGCUUUGAUGUGAACGUGAUCUUUAGACUUGCUCCGCGGCUGCUUUGUACUCGAGCGGUCAUUGAAGCAUUUUUACUAAUCAGCUGCAGUGAGCUUCAUCAUGAUCAGCAACAAACUUUGUGGUCACAGUUGAUCGACAUACAUGUAAUCUAUUAAGCAUGAUUAUCAGGUGCGUUCAGAGGAAGAAGCAAGCUCAUGUACAUGUGUUAAUAUUUACAGAGCUGAGUCUAUAUGUUAAACGCAGUCUUGGCUGCUUUGCAUUUUAUUAAAUAUUAGAGUUUUGUUUUUUUUUUUAACGUGAGAAUCUGUUUUGUCAUUUUGGAAGAUUCUGGUUUUUGUGAGUAGACGGAGUGUUAAAGCUGCACCACAAAAGAUACACUUACAGCAGGAUGCUGCCUCAGAGAUCCACCACAGAUUGGAGUGAAACAUCUUACCACUGUAUCAUCCUUUGGUCGAUCUCUGAGGUCGCUGAAAGUAAAAAACCUGUCAAAAAAGGUACACGAUUCACAGUUCGUGAUCACUCCUUUACGCAGAUCUUUGUACAUGGAACAAUGAUGGCAUUAGAAAGUGUUCUUUUAUGGUGCCUGAGUAUAUUUUUUUUAUUUGGCUUUUUAAAAAAGCUGAUAGAUUUGUCUGUCCAAGUGUUGGUUAUUUUUGUUUGUUUGUUUGUUUAUAUCUGUUAAUGAUAACCUUACAGAGCCUAUAAAGAAAAAAAUAAGCUAGCUUAAAUUUUUUUUCCUCCGUACAGAAAAAAAGAAAAUACAAAUGUUUACAAUAUGUAAUUAACCAAAUAGUAAAUAAGCGUUUGAGAAUCAAUCUGUCUGUCCCUCAAAGUGGCUGUGAUAGAUUGAUUUAUAUUUCUUUAUUUCCUCUGUCGUUUUAAACUUGAAAAUGUUAUGACUGCUUAUUCUGUUUUUUCUGUUUCGGUUUGUUACUCUUUUUUUUUUUUUGACUAAUGAGAACAGUGCUCCCUCAGUUUCAAAAUAAUCACUCAACAAGAUUCAUGUUUUCAUAAUUAUUCAUCAGUCUUUGUCAUUCUUUACCUGCUGACUACUUCACCUUACACUGAGCCUUGUAUAUGCAGGACUGAAUCCUAACUUGAGACGCUGUCGCAUCUUUUGCUGUUUAUAAUAUGUAUAGUAUAGUAGAUUUCAGCAUGACUCUACCAGGUGUUUUCUCUGGUAAGGACUCAGUACAAAGAAUUUAUAUGUGGUGACACCCACAUGUUGUGAAUAACAGUAAGCGCACGCCACUUGGUGAACAUGCAUGAGUACAGUUUUUACAUAAACAGAGUUGGAAAUUCAGGAAUAACUAUCAAGAGGCAUCUCGAUUUUGCACUACAAAACAAAUGACACUCAAAUGAAAAUGGUUCAAUUUUAAGACCAAAAUCUACCCACUAUAGUCUCAGCUUGUGUGAUUUCCAUUUAAAAUAUGCUGACGUUAAUAACUGUACUUUCAUUUCCCCUUUUUCUGCCUGUAUCCACUCAUCACUUCUCAGUCUUUGACCUUAAAGGUUGCAAUUUGUUUGAUUAUUCUGAUGUGAAUGUCGUAGUACUUUUCACUGGUGUACAGUAGUUCAUAUUCAAAACCCAACUCUGAAAGUUGGAGACAAGAUUGGCGGUGAUCCAUUUGGCAAUGGACUGGGCAACAUUUUUAAUUUCAAACACGUAUCCACAUUUUUACACUAAUUACAAGUCUAAAUGUUGCCCAACACGUUGCCUCAUGUAUCACUUCCUCAACAGCAGCAACAGACACACGGUUCUUAAUACAUAUUUAACAAUGAUGUGGUCUUCUCUUUCUUUCAAAAACAAUGAGUGGAAAUGAAUGGGGCAGUCAGAUAAAGCUACUCUACACCAAAGUGCAAUUGAACACAGAGGGAGCACUGUUGUUUCAGCCAGUAGAGGCCUAUUGGUUGAGGUGUGCCCAACCCCUAUGCACGAAAAGAUGGUUAUUCUUCUUCUCUUCUCUUGUGUUAUCCUCCCUCCGUUGGUCUGUCUUAAUUCAGAUGCAACAUUUCUUUCUGUCUCUCUCGUGUACAGCUUGCUUCAGAGUUGUGUUUGUCCUCAGACAGGUACUCUUUCAUCUGUACGGUUCUUUCUUUAGGCUGAUGCAAUGAUUUUAAAAGACAAUAAAAGAUAUAUAAAAUGAA